AUGGUGCCACAUCAGCGGACAGACUCACGGUGGAGGCUCAUUUUGCUACUUCUGUCGUCGUGGAACUGUUGUGGCGCUCUUCCCUUUCAAGCCGAGGGACAGCCCGUCGUUCACUGCAAUCAGCCACCGUUGGAAGUGCAUCCCAAAGACUGCUGCCAGCUGCCUUCACUGAUCGAUGAGGAGCUGCUGCGCAACUGCAAGACACUGUACGGUGGGGAACCGCUGCAGCGGAAGCUAAUAUACGAGCGUGGCAAGUGCUUUGUAGAGUGCGCUCUUAAUGCAACGGGUACGCUAGUGGGCGGUGUGCUCGAUCAGGCCAAAAUACUGCACGUGAUCGUGACGGCCACGCAGAACGAUCCGGCCGUCAUGCAGCUGUUCCAGAGCAGUACGUUGCAGUGCUUUCAAACCGUGGGUGCUGGUGGUGGUGGUGCAAGCAACCCUGCCGGCUGCAAUAGCUUGGGCGUUGAUUUUGUCGGUUGCGUUAACAUCAAAAACUUUGUGAACUGUCCGCCGCACAUUUGGAGCAACAGUGCGCAGUGCAACGCCUUGAGGCAGUACAUUCUGGAGUGUCCCCAGCCGUUCUAG